AUGUCUUCCUCAACAGGGUUCCAGAAAGAAACAGAUGACUCCCUCAGGAAUAGAAGCAAAGUUUCUGAAAAGGAAGAAUUGAAUAAUACAUCUAAUGAAUUGGAUGACAGUUCUAAAGUUUCAAAAAUUAGUAAUGAUGAAAUACGUAAUCCACUGAUUCGUAUAGAGGCAAUUGUUGCUCCUAUCGUUUUUACAUUAUUGGCAUUAUUCGUAAGAAUGUACAAAAUCAAUGCUAAUAACCAUGUUGUGUGGGAUGAAGCCCAUUUUGGUAAGUUUGGUUCAUAUUACCUUAGACACGAAUUUUAUCACGAUGUUCAUCCACCUUUAGGAAAAAUGCUAGUUGGUUUGUCAGGUUACAUUGCAGGUUACAAUGGUUCUUGGGAUUUCCCAUCUGGUGAAGUUUAUCCAGAUUAUAUCGAUUUCGUAAAAAUGAGAAUAUUCAAUGCAGCAUUCUCAGCUAUGUGCGUUCCAUUAGCAUAUUUCACUGCAAAAGCUAUUGGUUUCUCUCUUCCAACUGUUUGGUUUUUCACAUGUUGUGUAUUGUUUGAAAAUACUUAUGCAACUUUAGGUAGAUUCAUUUUAUUAGACUCUAUGCUAUUAUUUUUCACUAUUGCAUCCUUCUUUUGCUUUGUUAAAUUUCAUAACAGUGAAGUCCGUCCUUUCUCUUGUAAUUGGUGGACGUGGUUAACUUUGACUGGUGUUUCGUUAGGUUGUGCCAUCUCUGUAAAGAUGGUCGGUCUUUUCAUUAUAUCUGUUGUUGGUAUUUACACUGUUGUUGAACUAUGGAAUGGUUUGGCCGAUAAACAAAUGUCCUGGAAGACUUACAUCAGCCAUUGGAUUGCUAGAAUUAUCUGUUUAAUUGUAAUUCCGUUAGCCAUCUUCAUGUUCUGUUUUGUUUUACAUUUCCAUUUCCUUUACAAAUCAGGGACUGGUGACGGUAAUAUGCCAUCUUUAUUCCAAGCUGGUCUAGAAGGUACCGAAGUUGGGUUAGGUCCCCGUGAUGUUGCACUUGGUUCCAGUACUAUUACUUUAAAGAAUCAAGCAUUCGGUGGUGGACUAUUACAUUCCCACGUUCAAACAUAUCCUGAAGGUUCCGAACAACAACAAGUUACUGCUUAUGGGUUUAAAGAUGCUAACAAUGAAUGGUUCUUUGAUAGAAUUAGAGAUGUUAACACAUGGAAUGAAAAUGAAACUGAUGUGGAAUAUGUUAGAAGUGAUGGUGAAUACAGAUUAUUACAUAAGAAUACUGGUAGAAACUUACAUACCCAUUAUGUUCGCGCACCAAUGUCUCAACAAGCCAAUGAAGUUUCAUGUUAUGGUAACGAAACUAUCGGUGAUGAUAAAGAUAACUGGGUUAUUGAAAUUGUUGAUCAAAAGAAUGAUGAAGACGCUACAAUGCUACAUCCUUUAACUACCAUUUUCCGUAUUAAGAAUGGUCCAUUAGGUUGUUAUCUGACCCAAACUGGUAACACUCUACCAGAUUGGGGUUUCAAACAACAAGAAAUUGCCUGUAUUGAUAAGGUUUCACCAAAAGAUAAGAGAACUUGGUGGAACAUUGAAACUAAUGAAAAUGAUAGACUUCCAGAGAGACCUGAAAACUUUACAUAUCCAAAAACAGGUUUCUUAGAAAAUUUCAUCAACUUGAAUACUGCCAUGAUGGCCACAAACAAUGGUUUAAUUCCUGACUAUGAUAAAUUUGAUAUUUUGGCAUCUUCUGCAUGGGAAUGGCCUACUCUACACGUUGGUCUAAGACUAUGUGGUUGGAGUGAUGACGUUGUUAGAUAUUAUUUAUUAGGUACUCCAUUCUCAACUUGGGGUUCCUCACUUGCCGUGCUAGGUUUUAUGGUAUAUAUCCUUAUUUUAGUAUUAAGAUGGCAAAGACAGUAUGUUGACUUAAGUGACCCUAAACAAUUAGAUGUAUUCCUAAUGGGUGGUUUAUACCCUCUUUUAGCAUGGGGUUUACAUUAUACUCCAUUUGUUAUUAUGUCAAGAGUCACAUAUGUCCAUCAUUACAUGCCUGCACUAUAUUUCGCAUUGAUAAUAUUUGCUUAUUGUCUGGAAACAUUGACAAACAUAAUGCCUCACAAUAAACUCGGAAAUACCCUAAAGUAUACCACAUACAUUAUUUACACAACUGGUGUUGUUGGUUGCUUCUGGUACUUCUCUCCAAUUUCCUUUGGUAUGGAAGGUCCAAGAAUUAAGUAUCAAUACUUAGCAUGGUUACCGGGAUGGACCAUUACAAAUGAAAACCCACAUUAA